AUGCAGUUGCUCACCUGGAAUAUAAAUGGGUUAAGAUCUCUUACUCAAUAUUAUCCUUGGUGUGAACAUAAGAACUUUAAAACCAUCCUAGAUGCACUUAAUGCUGAUAUAAUAUGUUUUCAAGAAACAAAAAUUACAUUAGAACGGUUAGAUUCAUCAAUGGCAAUAGUUCCAGGAUAUGAUACAUAUUUCUCUUUCGCGAAAGGAAAAGCAUCAUAUUCAGGUGUUGCAAUUUAUGUAAAAACUAAUUCCAUAAAACCAAUAUCAGCUGAGGAAGGAAUUUCUGGACUUUUAAAUCAAUCUUCAACAAUUUCCAAUAAAUCAGAUCAAUCAACAAUAACUUCAAAUCAAUCAAUUAAUAAUAAUUCCAUUAUGACUUCUAAUACUUCUAAUGAGUACCAUAACAAUUACAAUUUAACUUUUAGUACCGAAGAAUUACUUAAUCUUGAUUCAGAAGGUCGUUGUAUUAUUCUAGAUUUUAAAAUGUUUGUAUUAUUUAAUCUUUAUUGUCCUCAUACAGCUAGUCAAGAACGUCUUUUUUUUAAAAUUCAAUUUUAUAAAGUACUUUUAAAUCGGAUUAACAAUUUAAUUCAAGCUGGUAGAGAAAUAAUUAUAAUGGGUGAUAUGAACGUUACGCAUAAAGAAAUUGAUCAUUGUGAUCCAGAAAAAUUCGUUAAAGAAUUUGGAUUAGAAUCAUUUGGUGAACAUCCUUUAAGAAAAAUGUUUGAUAAAUUAGUAUCACCAAAUGGUUGGAAUACUGUGAUUAAUGCGAGACCUGCGAAUUAUGGUACACGCUUAGAUUAUAUACUCGUUAGUCCAGGAUUGAUGAAAUGGUUUAAGUCUUGUAAUGUUGAACAAAGCAUUAUGGGAUCUGAUCAUUGUCCCGUUGUGGCAGAACUUUAUGACACAAUAAAUGAGGACGGACAUAUCUACACUUUAAAAGAAGAAACAAAUGCUAAUGAUAGUAAUGAACCUCCAAAAACACCGCGACUUUGUACUAAAUAUCUACCGAAAUUUAUGGGAAGUCAAAAAACAUUAAAAACAUUUUUUAUUAGAUCAGAUGAGAAGAAUGAUGCCAAAUUAAUUUUAAACGAACAACCAGAAAAUAAUCGAAUGGAAAAUAAUAAUAUAGAAAAUGUGGAAUUAAAUAAUCAAAUGGAAAAUGAAGAAUUACAAACAACAACAUCACCGAAAUCAAUGUCAUCUAAAUCAACUAAAAGUAAUGUUCGUAAAACAAAAAAAAAGUUAGAAUUAGAAAAAAAUCAAAAAUCUCUCGUAUCUUUUUUUAAACAACAAAUUCCGGAUAAGAUUUCUAAUAAUGAUUAUUCAAUAAAAGAAAAAUCUGUUUCGCUAGAAGAACAUAAUCAAUUAAAUCAAUUAAAUCAAUUAAAUCGAUUAGAAGAAUUACUAUCUGAUUCAUCUGAAAAAUCACCAAAUGAAGAAUCUACCCAACAAGAAAAUAUUGAAGAAAUAAAAGAAAUUAAAAAUAAUUUGGUAGAAAAUUGUAAAGAAAUAUCUAUUACUGAUUUCAACAAUAAUAAUUCAGAAACAAUAUCCCAAUGGAAUGCUCUUUUUGCACCACGUCCUAUACCAAAAUGUAAAGUUCAUGAUGAACCUUGCAAAGAAUAUAGAGUCAACAAACCUGGACCAAAUCAAGGGCGAAGAUUUUAUUUGUGUUCAAGAUAA